AGUCUCACACUCCAUCGAGUUUCGGUUCUCCAGGUGAAAGCAGAAGGCGCCGUCUGGAGAAAUGGCCCUGGACUCGGUUGCCUUCUUCUGGUUGCUCUUGGCCUUCAUCUCACUUUGGGACCGUGAGGCCUGCGUGGAGGUGACUGUUCCAUCUGAUCCAGUGAUGCAGCAGAAGAGCUUGAGUGCGGAACUCCCUUGCCACUACAAAACCUCAGUCGACAAGAACUUUGUGCUGGAGUGGAAGUUUGCGCCUGGAUCGGCUUCUUCUGACAAUGCCAAGCAGCAGAUUCUCUACUUCACAAACAACAAGCUGUACAAACCAGGCUCUCAGGCUGAACGACUAAGCCUCCUUCACAACCCCCCCACUCUGGGGGAUGCAUCCCUUCGAUUAGACAACGUGCAUGCAUCAGAUGCUGGCACCUACUUCUGUGAAGUGAAUGACCCUCCAGACUUCUAUGGAACUGGCUCUGGGCUUAUCCAUUUUGUGGUUUUAUUGCCUCCAUCCAGUCCGGUGUGUGGAGGGACUGCCUACGCUUCUGUGGGGUCAGAUGCCAGCUUGACCUGCAGCUCUUCAGAAGGUGUGCCAGCACCCAUUUACACCUGGACUCGGGUGGACCCCAAGACUCCCCUCCCGCUGUCCAACAUGGUAAAAAAUGAACAAACAGGGAGCUUGCUGUUGACAAACAUCUCACAAGAGUUCUCUGGGACAUACCAAUGCGUUGCCUCCAAUGAGUAUGGUCAGGAAAGCUGUCAGAUAUCCCUCCAUGUGACAGGCAUCACGCAAGCUGGAACGAUUGCUGGAGCUGUUAUCGGGGUCCUCUUAGCUCUUCUACUGAUCGGUGCAAUUGUGAUCUGUUUCUUACGCCACAAAAAACAACAGAAACAGAAGAAAAAGACACAAUCCAUAUACAGCGGGAAUGAAAUAAGGGAGGAUGCUACAGCCCCGGGGAUCUCGGAAGAUUCCUUAGAGAGAAGAGGCAGCAGGUCAGAAAGCCACCUCUUGGAAAAGUUACCUUCCAGGCCCGGAUCUGCCAGCACCACCAAAUCACAACUGCAAAACAUUCUUGUCUGAGUUUAU